GGCUCUUCGGCUGAACUUUUCGCUGCUCCUGCUCCACGCACGCAGAUGUCAGCAGAGUUUCCCCCCCAAUCUGUCACUUUUACUUCAGCAAGGUGGACACGUUCAGGGACGAGGCCAGGUCCGGACACUGCUGCACGUCUUGCCCGGGCUCCACCACCCCGAAACCGGAAUAACUUUUACCCCCGAGUCCAUUUUCUCUCCACUUUUUAACCCAACAAACCCGCUGGCACAACAAGUUUUUCCUUAUUUGACAACUGUGGAGCUACACCCCUGCAGCUGCAAUGCUAACCCGAUAGCCUCCACCGCUAUGUUCUGCACUGUUCCCGAUCAGAUCUGCAACUUUUAACGGGUUUUUCCUUUCUCAUCUUAGCGGGGAUACGGUGGGCCGAGCUCGGGGAAGAGACAUGGGACUACACCCGCUGGAGUUCAGUGAGUGCUACUUGGACAGUCCCUGCUUUCGGGAGAAAAUCAAGGCGCACGAAGCGGAGUUGGACAAAACGAACAGGUUUAUAAAAGAGCUGUACAAAGAUGGAAAGAACCUCAUCAAUGCCACUAAACAGCUGGGCAUGGCGCAGAGAAAGUUCGCUCAGUGCCUGGGAGAGUUUCAGUUUGAGUACAUUGGCGAUGCAAAGACAGACGAUGAAGACUGCAUUGAUAAGUCCUUACAAGAGUUCUCGGCAUUUCUCAGGAACCUGGAAGACCAAAGGGAGCUGAUGAUGAGAAACAUCACUGAGACGCUAAUGAAGCCCCUGGAGAAGUUCAGGAAAGAGCAGCUCGGAGCAGUCAGGGCAGGAAAAAAGAAGUACGAGAAAGAAACAGAGAAGUACUACAGCUCCUUGGAGAAACUUUUGAACAUGUCAGCAAAGAAGAAAGAGCCCCAGCUACAAGAGGCUGACGGCCAGGUGGAGCAGAUGAGAGGACAUUUUCAAGAGGAAUCGCUGGACUACAUUUGUAAACUACAGGAAAUCCAGGAGAGAAAAAAGUUUGAAUGUGUAGAACCGAUGCUGGCCUUCUUUCAAACGGUCUUCACGUUUUAUCACCAGGGCUUCGAGCUCGCUAAGGACUUUGACCAUUAUAAACGGGAACUGCAAAUAAAUAUUCAAAAUACGAGAAGUCGCUUUGAGGGCACCAGGUCAGAGGUGUACGAACUGAUGAAGAGGAUCAGGGAGACCCCACAGGAGUACAGACAGACCAGCGCCAUCAGCUGCGAAGGCUACCUCUACGUGCAGGAGAAACGACCGCCUCCGUUCGGGUCGAGCUGGGUCAAACGCUACUGCACGUUUGUCAAAGAGCAGAAGAUCCUACACAUGGUGACGUUCGACCACAGAUCCGGAGGGAAGAUCGGCGAGACUGAAUCCAUCACCCUGAAAUCCUGCAUACGCAAAACCACAGAUGUGCUGGACAGGAGGUUCUGUCUAGAGCUGGACAUUACAGACAGACCUGGAACAGUGCUGACAGUACAAGCUCUAUCAGAGGAUGACCAGAAGUUUUGGAUGCAGGCGAUGGGUGGGAAAGAGCCCACUGGACAUUAUCUAGGAAGAACGUAUUCAAAAGAAAGAGGAAUCGACGCGCAGCUCGAUGACGUGGGCUUGAAUUUUGUGAAGAACUCCAUUAACGCCAUAGAAAAGAGAGGCAUCAAUGACCAAGGCUUGUACAGAGUGGUCGGGGUCAGCUCCAAGGUCCAGAAGCUUCUCUCACUCAUGAUAGAUGAGAAGAGCAACGAUGUGGAUCUGUCUGCGAGCGAGGACUGGGACGUGAAAACUAUAACUAGUGCUUUAAAGCUUUAUCUAAGGAGCCUGCCAGAGCCGCUGAUGACGUAUGGACUGUACAAAGAUUUCAUACAGCCUGCAAAGGCUGGGACUCCGGAGUCUCGGAUCCAGGCCGUCCACUGUCUCGUCCACAAGCUGCCAGAGAAAAAUCGACAAGUCCUGGGGCUCCUCAUGAAGCAUCUGGCCAACGUCGCCGCCCACAGUAAGCAGAACCUGAUGACCGUGGCCAAUCUGGGCGUGGUCUUCGGUCCCACGUUAAUGAGGCCCCAGGAGGAAACCGUCGCCGCCAUCAUGGACCUCAAGUUCCAGAACAUCGUCGUGGAAAUCCUCAUCGAGCAACACGAAAAGAUUUUUGCAGAUGCUCCGACCUCGUGCCCUCCCUCUCCCGCCCAGCCCGUGUUCACCGCUCCCACCAGACAGUCCAAGAAGAUGAGUCGACAGAGCAGGCCCCUGGCAGUCUACAACCCUCAGGUCCUAGAUAUACAGAACGUGUCCCCGGUGACGGACAGUGUGGUGGCGGGACUGGCCUCUGACGAGACGUCCAUGGGCAGUAACGACUCCAUGUCCUCCCACUCGUCCUCCGCCUCCGCCUCCGAGACGCCCACCGACAAGAGCGACCACGCCCCCCUCUGCUCCUCGCUCAGCUCCGGAAGCAACUCCAAUGUCAGCAGCAGCAGGAAGGCCAGGGCCGUGUAUCCGUGUGAGGCUGAGCACGAAUCGGAGCUCUCCUUCCAAGUCGGAGCUAUAUUCAACGCCGUGACCAUGUCCAGGGAGCCGGGCUGGCUGGAGGGCGAGCUGGAGGGCAAGCGGGGCCUCAUCCCAGAGAACUACGUGCAGAUGCUGUAGCGCCACCCGCCUGCGGACGCGAGGAACUGCGGCCAGACGCAUGCGCCAACACCAAAAGUGACAAUGUUCUCCAACUGCGAGGAAAAGCGAAACCAAGGAACCAGGAUCGUUAAAUGAAUCAUCGGACAUAUUGGUUAUUUUUAUUACAUUUUUACUUUUUUUUUUUUGUUUGGUUUUUUUGGUGCAUGUGCCCAGGUAGUCUCCAGGUAAGAACUAUUCCAUUAAAGGGUCCAUAUUACGCUAUUUUCAGAUCUAUGUUGUAAUGUUUCUUCAUCAAAAACAGACCUGGAGUUGUGUUUUGUUUCAUUCACUCUGUUUUAAACUAAGUGCUUCUGCUCACAAAAAGAAAACACUCAAUUGUUGUUCAGUUGUUUUUAAACUUCAGACACCUUCACUACAAUCAUUUGGAUCAUUUCAGCCUUGGAAUUUCCAAUCUCUACUGAACAAAAUGUAAAAGAUAACUAAAAACUAAACACUGAAGGUCCACUAAAGGAGGUUCAUUUGGGCUUUCGAUAAUUUGUUAUUAGGUUCUUUUUUCAGACGAAGAGUUUGUUUUCAUACCUGACAGUUUCUGGUGGUCACUUGAUGUUGCUGUGACGUGUCCAGUCAGAUGAUUUAUCUUUUUCAGGUUUUGGCGCUGUUUUCAUAUCGGUGGAGGCAGGAUGUACAGAAAACUCAGGCAGUUACUCGUCCCAGAGUCCUGCAAGGGUCCAUUUUUGGAAACCCGCACCCGCCCGUUAAUCCAUGAUUUUAUUUAUAUAUAUAAGUUGUUUAAAUUAAACCCGCACCUGCCCGAACCCGUUAACAUUCCACCUGUUACCCGGCCGUGCUUGUUAUAAAUCACACACAGAUUAAAAGCAUUCUAACUGAAGCAUUUAUCAGAAUACGAAUUACAAUGAUGAAAUGAAAUGAAACGGUUUCACUUUCUUCAAAUUCAAAUUCACAAAUUCACAGACCCGACUCGACUGUCAUCACUUCACAGGCUUUAUUUACUGAAUUUACUAAAACAGGACUAAACUGUUUUCAGUCCUGGUCUGGUCCCAGACUGGUCCCGAUCUUAGUCCAGGUCUCAGUCCUGGUCUUGUUCUCGGUCUCAAUCCUGGUCUCAGUUCUGUUCCUAUCCCGGUCUCAGUCCCGGUCCUGUCCCGGACCUAGUUUAGUCCUGGUUCAGUCCGUAUGCGGCCCAGAAGUCUGGCAUCACACUUUAAGUCACACAAAUGGGAAACAGUCGUCAUCCGUUUUUUUUUUUUGUUUUUUUUUUAUUAUUCAUUUAAACACAAAAUCGAAAACUGAAAAAAACAAAUCGUUACCUGUUUUUUAAAUUUUGGUUUUGGAGACAAAUAAUGAAGAAAUUUUUUUUUCAUUUUCUUUUUUUUGGUUUUAUAUUGAAAAAUGAAUGAACGAACGACACACGGAUUCAAUCGAAAUGCGGAAACGUUCCCACAGAACUAUGAACCGGGACGAGGGGUCUUUUUUACUCUCACACACCUGGGAUUCUGUCCUGAGGAAGUGGGACUGCAGGUGGCGCUGUCGUCCUGCCUCCGCCGGUAGGAAGACAGCGCCAAAACCUGUUUAAAUCAGCUGAACGACACGUCACAGCAACAUCACGAGACUCUGAGGAAUGAAAACAAACUCUUGGUCUGAAAAAUACUAAAAUACUCUUAACUACUACUAAAAAAACACAACUCCAGGUCUGUUUUUGAUGCAGUAACGACAUUAUAACACGCCUUAAAUCUCACAAGAGUAAAUUUUGCGUAAUAUUGGACAUCUCAAAAACAUCUAGAGUCCGUUUUUUAUCGUAAACAACUUCUAACAAACACAAAUAUCGUACGUAAGAGCUUUAAGAGUCUCCAGCUGAAUGCCCCCGUGCCUGGUCCACCACAGCGAUGUAAUGUAUGUACAGCUAUGAAAAUCUAUGAGGAAUUUAAUUAUUAUUUUAACAUUUUCUUUUAACGAUAUUCACUGGUAUGUUGCAUUACGGUUUAUAAUAUGGCACUUGUGGAGGAAAUUUAUCAGCUAUUUAUUCAGAGUUCACAGCGGCGUCCAGAAGGAGACAGAUGAAAUUUGUGAGCUUUUGAACUUUUAUUAUAUUAACUGUACACAAAUUUAAAAAAGGUAAGGUAAAGGUAUUUAAAAUUGAAUCACUGUAUUUGUAAUUACGGGAGUGUAAACCAUUGGUAGGUAUGAGCUAAAACAGGGGUCUCCAACCUUUUUCCUCCGGUGAGCUACUUUUACAAAACAAAAAUGCCAGAGAGCGACUAGUUUUAGCAGUAACAAGAAAUUAUAAGAAGUAUAAUAGAGCCAAAGAAAGCCUUAGAUGAAGUACAGGUAGAUCAGGGUGACCAGACGUCCAUAUUUAUUCGGGACAGUCCCAGUUUUGAGUCCCCUGUCCCAGCAGAUUUAUCCAAAACCAGUAAUUUGUCCCAGUUUUAUACAAAAAUUCUCUCUUUUUGACCAAUUUUUGAUCCCUGUCAACAGUAAAGAGAGUCAUAAACUGUCAUUUGUUGAAGUAAAAUACAGAAAAGCUGCUUAAAAACGACCAAAACACAAAGAAAAUGUGACAGGCUGGCGUCACCUAGUGCCUCCGCUCAAUUUCAUUUCCUCUCCAGCGACUAGGUCAGGAAUCAGAAUACACUAGACGGUUCGCAAAAACCCCAAAAGUGCGAGUCCGGGCACCAGCCAAUCAGAGAAGAGUCAUAUAUUCUGUGUUAUCAACGAUUCCCGAGAUCGAGGAUUUAUUUAAAGCCGGAAUAAAGAGAAUGUUUGGUGAAUUUGAUUUUAUUUUGGCCCCGUUUGCGGCGCAUUACUUAACCAAAUAGCAGCGAUUGGUUAAAUAAUAAAAAGUACCCGCCUACCAUCGAGCGAAUGAAUCCUAAUGCUGUGAGGUCAGACGGUUUCUACGAAGUGAAUCAGGUUAUAUCCAUUCACUCAUUACUCCAUUCAAUAGACGGUUCGAAAAAAAACCCGGAAGUGCGAGUUCGGGCACCAGCCAAACAGAGAAGAGCCAGACAUUCUGUGUUGGCAACGAUUCCUGAGAUCGAGGAUUUAAAGCCGGAACAAAGGGAAUGUUUGGUGAAUUUUAUCAAGAGGUAAGACGUUAUUGCCCUUCUUCCUACGGGAUUUGGUGCAUUACAUACGUCACAACCAAACAGCAGCGAUUGGUUAAAUAAAAAAAGUACCCACCUACCGUCAAACGAAUCCUAAUGCUGAGAGGUCAGACGGUUUCCACGAACUGAAACCGGCUGAUGAAAGAGGCUAUCAUAAAUGGGCCAAGCACAGAAAAAUUUUACUUAAAUACACACUCAUUUCACAAUUUUAUCAUUACCAAACCACCUCAAAUCAGAAUUGUCCCAGUUUUUGAUUUCGAAAGUCUGGUCGCCCUAAGUUAGACGACUCAAAAACAUAAACCAUUAUCCAUUUAGUGCACAAAGUGAGGCAUCAAAAUAAUACUUGUACAGUCGUAAAAGGCAUUUAAUUCAUCAAAUUUUAUACGUGUAAGUCAGAAAUCCCUUGGAGAGCUACAGGUCGGAGACUCCUGCUCUAAAAUAUUCGCUCCUAGUCACAAAUUGUAGUUUUUCUUCACGUUUUUAUCACAACAAUCGCUAUUAUUUACGAGUUUAAUCUUGAAUACCACGUCACCUUUACCCACAAAUACUGAUAUUUUGCAGCGACGUCACGCGGGUACGUCUAGGGCAGAAUGUUCAGCAGUUACCGUGGCGACGCGAUGCAAACAUUCGGAAACACCAAAUUAGUUUUUGGAUUGUCUGGAAACUCAAAAAGAAACACAAAAUGGAUUUAAAAACGGCACAUUUUCAGGAGCGUGUGAUCAAUAUGAGGUGUUUGACUUUUAAACAAAAAGGUGAGAGCGUCGAACUGAAAAACUGUUGAGAGGGACUUGUUUAACAGCGGAAUCAAAAAACUCCACUGUUGUACUUCCAGAUAAAUCAGCUCUUUAUGGUCAGAUUGUGUUAAAAUAAAAGCUCAGAUUAAAGUCUAAGUCGAGUAAGGAAUUUUGAUGACGUCAGCUGCAAAGUAUCACUAAAUUCAUGUAUUUAUCUUUUAUUUUUUAUUAUUUUGAAGCGCCACAAGCAGCUUUUUAGCAUUUGCAUUGUCAUCAGCACAGUCUUAGCAGCCUAUCCAUCUUUAAUUCAAUACACAUUUUUAUUUUUAUUAGUCCCUAUUCGUAUUUCUAUCAAUUAAACAACCAAUAACUUUCUUUUUUAAUUUUAACUAUCUAAAAAAAAAACAAAUAAUAAGCUCAGUCUGUGUCCGAAUGUCCAACCUUAGUCCCUAAUCCCUCGCUCACUGCGUAGGCCCACACUCUUCGGCGCCCUCUGCAGUUCACGCACUCACAGAGGGUCACGUGACUCUGGCGUCUGGCGAAGAAAAGUCGAAAGGCUAAACUCUGAUAACACUCGAUUUCUGUCAUAAUAAAGAUCAGAUCAGACUGGCACACGAGUGUUUAUGGACUAAUAAUAAUCAUAAAAUGGACAGUAAACGGGCUGGAUUAUUUGCUUUUUGUCUGAGAUGUGGAAAUAACGGUUAAAGUAACCAGCACCGUUAACACCAGAACGGUUUAUUUAUUUUUUCAUAAUCACAGAUCAAGAGUUCGAUAAACCAGCGCUUUAAUCUGCUUCAUUCAGUCGUGUUGUGUCCAGUUAAACACCGGUCGCCGUUGUUUUUCCGACUCUCGCAGUGCAUUGUCGACUAUAUUGACAGCUCUAGUGACCACCGACCCUGGAUUUAUAAUAAGAAUUGGACAGGGCGUUCCCCGUUUGUUCCGGCUCGAGACAGACUAGUGGCCACUCCAGGUACUGCAGCUCCCGGGAGCUUGGGCUCAGAAAGAAUUCUCUUGAAGAGCGCGAUUCAAACUGCCCGUGUUCUGACAGGACAAACGCAACUUUCACAAAGAUCGGAUUUUGUAGGUUUCGUUUCUAUUUUCACAACAUGAACUUUUUAAAAUGUUUAAAUCCUCAAAGCGUCUAAAAGUGAUCUUCGUAACACUUAUCCUCGUCCCGCCCUGAGCCACUCUAGCUUCACUCUAGCAGCUCUCGCUCUGAUUGGUCCAAACGCUCCACUCCGUUCACAUUACAGACGUCACACGGGUGGGAGGAGUUCGCCCAGAUUGAAGUGAACUGAAGUGAAGUGAAUUGAAAUGCGGAAGAGAAAAUUAUUUUUGGGCCCAUGCGCCAAUGAGUUAGACUGAUUCAUCAGCCGGUUUCACUUCGUAGAAACCGUCUGACCUCGCAGCAUUAGGAUUCAUUUGCUUGACGGUAGGCGGGUCCUUUUUUUAUUUAACCAAUCGCUGCUCUUUGGUCGUGACGUAUCUAACGCGCCGGAACGCUCAGUGGUGUCCAAGUAAUUGCCGGCUUCAGAGCUCUUCGCUGAUUGGACCGGUGCGCGGUCUUCGACUUCCGGGGUUCUUGCAAACCGUCUAGUGCAGGCAUGUCCAAACUAUGCGGCCCUCAGACCAAUUUUUCUUGGCCCUCAGGCUUCCAGGUGAAUUGGCCCAAAUUACCUUGCAUCAAUUACAAAUAAACAUUUAAAAUCUACCUUGGUAAAGCCACUAUUUAAUAUUUAGUGUGUGGUUUUAAGGAUCUUAACAUGAAUAAAGACUGAUGGUUCAUUCUAACGUGUUAAACAUGCAAAUAUUUCAAUUAUUCCCUGUACUGAGCAUCAGUCUACAACCCUCUGCUUCAUCUGUGUUUACAUAUGUGGCCCUUGAUGAAAAAAGUUUGGACACCCCUGUUCUAGCGCAGACAUGUCAAACUCAGGCCCGGGGGCGAAAUUUGGCCCAAGAUAUAAUUAUAUUUGGCCCACAAGAUCCUAUCAAACAUGUAUUAGAGCUGCCCGCCGGCUACAGAUCAACUAUAGACACACUAUUUAUUUAAAAUGUUAUUAUUUUAUAUUAUGUUUGUUCUGGAUUUAAUGUUUCAGCAAAACUAUAGUUAAACAUUUAUUUUAAUUAGAAACAGUUUAACAUUACAUAUCUCGAAAGAAUAGAAAACUGUUGGAGAAAAUUUUCAAUAAAUAUUUAAUUUGGCCCACGACUUAGUCUUAGUUUUUAAUUUUGGCCCUCAGUGAAUUUGAGUUUGACACUUCUGGUCCAGCAUAUUCCGAAUCCUGACCUAGUCGCUGGAGCACAGUCCACUGAAAUCAACACAACGCCAUCUUGAGUUCACCUUCCAGAUUUUAUUGUACUUCCAUCCCACCAAUGCUCUUUACGUUUCCUGGUGCAUUGUGGGAUUUUGAGUUCCUACUUUUUCACCAACUGGACAUUCGGAAAACGCCCCUGAAAACGCCAUGACCCCUAAAUAGUGCCUUAAGUAGAGCACAGUGUGGACGUUCGGACACAGCCUCACUGUACAUUAGAGGAGUUUUGGUUACCUAGCAACUACAUCACGGUUGCUAGGUAACAGUUAUGCAAUUCCCUAGCGUGAUGUCAUGAUUUUCAACCAGGAAGUACAAUCUGAAACCCAAAAAAAGUCAAAUCGUAACCGUAAACGUAACGAUUCUAGCUGCGUUUUAGUCAAAUCGUUAGUCCAACCGGUCAUGCGCACUUUACAUAAUCCAGGGAUCUGUUGACGACUCCGCAGUUGCCAUAUUAUAAUGUAACGUAACCUGCUUUUGGAAUUUUUUAAUAUGAGGCACAUUGAUGUUUUAUGUUUUAUUUAAUUGGCACAUGAAUGCAUGGGUUUGAACUGUAAAAACACUCUUUGUUUUUAGUGCACUCCAAAGAAAAUCCAUUUACGAACCAAAGUUUAUAUGAGUCGGAUCUUAUAACCUUUUGCAUGACGUCUUCUUUUAUCACAAAACGCGUUAUUUUAACCAGACAAUUCAACGUUUUACCAUGCACUAUUGUUUUAAAGGGCCUAUAUUACAUUAUUUUAUGUGUUACAAUGUUGUUUUCUCCUGACCUGGAGUUGUGUUUUGUUUCAUUCACACAAGUUUAACCCACAAACCCUGCAGAUUUAGGCCGAAUUUUUCCGAAAAAUACCAAAAACACGAUGUCAUGUGGUAUUUUCGAACUCAGUACACCUCCAGAUAAAAUAAUUUGGAUGAUUUCAGCCCAGGAAUAGCCAAUCUUUACUAAACAAAAGGUAAAAAUGUAGAUGCUUGAACUUGAAAAUUACCAUAUUUUCCCGACUGUAAGUCGCACCGGAGUAUAAGUCGCACUUUUUGAGGAAAUGUAUUUUAUAAAAUCAGAGACCAGGAACUGAUAUUUCAUCUUAAAAGUCAAGUUCUAGUAAAAACAACAGAAGAGAGAACAACAGACUGUUAACGUCACAUAUGAACAGUUCUUCAGAUAAACUAUAACAUAAACAACAGAACAGAACAAGUUUAACAAACUCUCCAUCUCACUCCAAAUCACUAAAUCCAUUCAAUUCUUCAUCCUCGGUGUCACUUCUGAGCAACUCCUCGACCUCCAGAGGUAAACGGUAAAAGAAUUAUUCCCGCUUUUCUGAAUCCUAACAUUAGGGUUUCAGUUGUCUUGAUGUUUGUUUAAAUUUUACCAGACAAUUUGUUUAGAUGUACCAGACACAACAGUGGCUCUUUCUCUUUCUUCUGCAGCCGACAUGCGCAGUAAAGUGAGAAGUGACAGUGGUACAGGAGCACACAAGCCUCUCGUGACUGUCAAUGUGUAAAUUUUAAUAUAUAAGUCGCAGGAAACACUCAAACCAUGAAAAAAGUGCAACUUAUAGUCUGAAAAAAAUCACUAAAUCCAUUCAAUUCUUCAUCCUCGGUGUCACUUCUGAGCAACUCCGCGACCUCCGGAGGUAAACAGAGCGCCGCUUCCUCUUCUGUGUCGCUGUCGUCAGACUCAGCAUCAGUUCCAGUUAGAAUUAUUCUGGUCUUUCUGAAUCCCGACAGGAUGGUUUCGGUGUCACUGAAGUCCAGACUUUGUCCAUCCAUCCAGUGACUUCAGGAAAGUUUCAUGGCGCACCCUCCCGGUUACACUCUAACCCGCUUUCCGCCAGUCAAUCACAAGUUUCUCGCUCACUCCAAACUUUCUUUCUGCUGCUCGAUUACUCGUUUUCGGCUGCAUAUUUCACUAUUUGCAGCAGAACAGAGGCUCUUUCUACAGGAGACAUGCGCAGUAGAGCAAAGUGACAGUGGUACAGGAGUAAAAGUAGAACUCGAUACUGACACACGAACCUGGAGCGCCGUCUCAGUCUGAAAAUUUGAAUAUAUAAGUCGCACCGGAGUAUAAGUCGCAGGAAACCAUGAAAAAAAAAGCCACUUAUAGUCCAAAAAAUACGGUACUUAAACAUGACAGUACAACAAAAGACAACUCCAGGUCUGUUUUUGAUGUAGUAACAACAUUUUAACACGUCUUAAAGCUCACAAGAGUCCGUUUUGUGUAAUAUAGGACCUUUAAUCAUAACUUUACCAAGUAUAUUAAUUACUGCAAAUGUCCGUUACAAGUUUUGGAGCUGUUUGUAGUUUUGUAGUGACACGGAGAGUGGCCUAGCGCAGUUCACAAAGACAGUUUAAUUUCUCUGAGAGCUUUUGGUUGGGCCUGUUGUUUAUGUUUGGAAUUGUGGUUGCAAUAAUUUAAGACAUUGAUUUAUAACGUUUGUAAAAGACCUUGACAUCACCUUUUAUACCUCUGGGUAUUCUUUUGAUUUAUGUUAAACAAAUAAAGUUUUUGUUCAUUA